AUGAAAAAUCGUGAGAGAAGUGUCAGGCAGUACAACAAAUCUGAACUUCCACGCCUUCGUUGGACACCUCAACUCCAUCACCACUUUGUUCAAGCUAUUGAAAGCCUUGGUGGAAAACACAAGGCAACUCCGAAGAGAAUUCUGCAGCAGAUGCAUGUGAGAGGGCUCAAGAUCGCUCACAUCAAAAGCCAUCUUCAGAUGUACAGAAACAUGAAAGGCUAUGCCAAGAAAUGUGCAGAUGAGUUGAUGGAAGGAAAUGUAAAGGAUUUCAAAGUAUGCUCCAUUUGUCCAACCCAAAGAAUAAUGAAGAAGGUGGAACUUCAGCUCUUAGACAACAAAAAAGGACUUUCACAAAGCAACGAAGAAACUGAUUAUGAUCUAAACCAGGAAGUUGAGUCAAGUUCAUGGUUGGUUAGAGAUGAUGUGUCAAAUGAAGAAGAAAAUGUUCCUAAUCUAUUAUUUUCCUUCAGCACACCACUAAUUUCUAUGAUGAAAAGUGAGAAUAGCAAAAACAUGAUGCAUUUUUCCUCAUCAACUGCACCACCUAAUCAUUCUAUCGAUUCUAGUUAUACACCUUCCUUUGGAAAUACUUAUAUUAACUUAGACCUAGCAAUAUGA